AUGCCACCACCAACACACGACCAAAUCAACAACACAGAUGAUGUUUCUAUAGAAGCAUUCACAACUGCUACAAACUACCUUCGUGCCCGGCUACCGCUCGAACUUACCACACCAAAAAUAGCAAUCAUAUGUGGUUCAGGACUUGGACAAUUAGCUAAUAGUAUUGAAAAUAAAGUGGAAUUCGCUUAUGAAGAUAUACCAGGGUUUGUUUCCAGUACAGUACAGGGUCACGCAGGAAAACUUGCUUUUGGUCUACUUGGUGAUAAAAAAACACCAACGGUUUGCAUGGUCGGAAGAUUCCAUUUUUACGAAGGGCACACACUUAAACAGGUUACACUGCCUGUAAGAAUUUUUAAGAUGUUAGGUGUGGAAAUAUUGAUCGUUACAAACGCGACUGGAGCAUUAAAUAGAGACUUCAAAGUCGGCAUGGUAGGUGUAAUGGCUGAUCAUAUUUCCCUUCCUGGUUUGGCUGGAAACAAUCCACUAUUUGGUCCGAACGUGACUGCUUUCGGAACGAGAUUUCCACCAAUGUCCGAUGCAUAUGAUUAUAAUCUUCGUGUAAUUGCAUUUAAAGCUGCUGAUUCCUUGAAAUUUCCAAAAGGAACUUUAAAAGAAGCUAUAUAUACUUUUGUCGGCGGUCCUUCUUUUGAGACCAGGGCUGAGGCAAGGUACUUGAGAUCAAUAGGUGGUGAUUUAGUGGGGAUGUCUACCGUGCCUGAGGUUAUUGUGGCAAGGCAUUGUGGAAUUAGGGUAUUGGGCUUGAGUUUGGUGUCUAAUAUGGUAGCUAUUGGGAAAGGUAAAAGUGCAGAUCCGGCAGAACAGGGACUGAAUGGUAUAGAAGAACCAUUAGUGAAUCACGAGGAGGUGCUUCAGGUUGGAAAAGAGAGAGCCUUAGAUAUGCAGAAACUGGUUAGAACUGUUGUGGACCUAAUUUCAUCUACUUGA